GCUGAACUCACUUCUUCAGUCACUUCUUCAGUCAGCAUGUCUUUCAACCGCUGCUCUGGAAACUUCUCCUCCUCUCUGGGAAGCUGCCAGCACUUUCCAGGCUCCUUCUGUGGCUCGUCCUACCCCAACAACCUGCUCUACAGUACUGGUGUCUGCUCUCCAAGCAACGUCCAGCUGGGCUCCUCUUUGUACGGUGGCUGUCAGGAGACCUUCUACAAACCCAGCCCCUGCCAGAACUCCUGUGUCGUGUCCAGCCCCGGCCAGGCCUCCUGCUAUCGUUCAAGGUCCUCCACUCUCUGUAAACCCUGCCAGCCAACUGUCGCUGUGUCUCAGGGCUUUGGCGCCGGCAGUGGCUGCUCUCUGGGUUUUGGAUCCACAAGCUUGUAUUCGCAAGGCUGUGGAAUCAAUCACGUCAGACCUGUGAGCUGUGGAACCCAAGGUUUCUCUUCCCAGGUCUCUGGAUCUGGAUUCUUCCACCCUAACUACCUGGCUUCCGGAAACUGCCAGUCUUCUUGUUACAGACCAACCUGUGGAUCCGGCUUUUAA